CUCCGACGCCGCCGGCGCCGCCGCCGCCCGCUCGACGCCGCCAUGAGGAAGAAGCUCGACACCCGCUUCCCCGCGCCUCGGAUUAAGAAGAUCAUGCAAGCAGAUGAAGAGGUUGGCAAGAUUGCUUUACCUGUACCUGUUCUAGUGUCCAAAGCACUGGAGCUGUUUUUGCAAGACUUGUGUGAUAGGACAUAUAAUAUUACAAUUAAAAAAACGGUCAAGACAGUGAGUUCAUCGCAUUUGAAAGAGUGCGUCCAUACUUAUGAGGUGUAUGAUUUCUUGAAGAAUGUAGUCGACAAAGUUCCAGAUUUAGGUGCACCUGAUGCAAGUCCAGAAGAUAAGCUUGGCAAAAGAAGGAAACAUGCUGAAGAUGAAAGUGAGGAGGAAUCGAAGCGGACAAGAAAUGAAGCAGCAAUCCAAACAAGCAAUGGCAGAGGGCGUGGGAGGGGACGAGGGAGAGGCCGCCGUGGUGGGCGUGUAGCAGAGAGGGGGACCGAAAACCAUGAUUUAGCUCAGGGCCAGUUUAGCAAGCCAGGAGGCCUAAAGGUAGAGAUUGGAGAUGGUUUGUCUGACACAACUGAAGCCAGGGAGCCAACCCCUUUGAGCAAUGCCAGGGUCUCCUUAAGGAACAUUGACUUGAACAUAGAUCUUACUGAGUAUGAGGAGGAUACAGUAGCGGUGCAGUUCCAGCCGUCGGCUCCUGUGACAGUCGCGGCUGCAGCUCCUGCAGGACCCUCAGUUUCCCCGGCUAAAGAAGAAGUGAAGACCAAGGAUUUCCUCGACUGGCAACUGCCUGAGAUGAGCAAGAUGACCAUGGACCCAAUCCAGUUUGCACUGUCAUCGAACCCUAGGUUAGAAGAGGAUGAGGACUAUGACAAUGAAGAAUGAUGACCUAGAAGCUAGCUCUGGAACUAGUUUGAGACGCUGAUAGGUAGACUUGACUAUUGUACAUCCUGGUAGUACCAGCUCAUCUCUGUAGCAACUCAACUGUAUCAUAUGUGUGCCAGCGGAGGCUGCAGAAGUAGUUUAGGAUGUAAUGAUCGCUCAAUAGCCAGUAGCUAGUGCUUUUGUAUCAACUGUCUGGACAAGGUUAAAGUUGUAAAUCCUGGUCGAUCUCCAGCUUAAUGCUAUAAGUUUCAGACUAUUGGUGCUUA